ACCCCUGGUUUCGGGGUUUCGAGCCUACAGUUGAAUGUCGAAGACAAUCACGGAAUUAGGUGUCGUAGCUCAAUUUUGAAUACAGUUUUUACCACCCCCGUGACUGCUUCAUUCACGGAGAAAAGGGUCCGGAUCCGGAUAUCGUGAACUAAGGCUCGCUUCUAGGAAUUAAGUGUAAGUGUAGCUUAUCUUAUCUGUACCUUGAAAUUAAUUAAGCACUCAUUCUAUCACUCCGUUCCGAUGAGACAUGAACCCCAAAUUACUCUCUCUAAUCUUCAUCAGCUUGGGCGUUUCAGCCGCUUACCAAGUUGGUAGCCAACCUGUUCCUGACGAUCAACUACUUUACCAAGUAUCAGUGAAGGACUUGAGCUACAGUCACAAAUGCGCAGGGAGUAUAAUUAGACCGAAAUACGUGCUUACUACAGCGAGGUGUAUUAAACACGACGUCCCGAGCAACCUUCAGGUUUUUGUUGGCUCAAUCCAUCUACACUAUGGAGGUGCCAUCUUCCGAGCCGUACAGUUGAUCACCCACCAGUACUUCGACAACUCCACAUUAGCGGACAACGUUGGCUUGAUCAAGACCGUGGGGAGUAUGCUGACCGCCCCCAAAACACGCGUUGUUCCGCUACCGAAUGAUUUCACCUACCCCGGGGAACCGUGCAUAUUCUACUCAUGGAAUAUGAGUAAUGGAUCACCUCCUUUUUCCGCAACUCUACGCUACGUUAAUAAAAGUGUAAUGUCACUUGCAGACUGUCAAAGCCGUUGGUCGGUUAACAUUGUGACGAUUCAGAACCUCUGCACUGAUUACGCCGCUGGAGGGUGCACCUUGGGCGAAGGGGCGCCAUUGGUAAAAAACGGUAGUCUAGUUGGUAUGUUCUCUCUUGGAGGUACGUGCGUUGGUGGCAAACCGGAUGUUUAUGUGGAUAUCAAAAGUUAUGUAAUUUGGAUUAAUUCAGUUGCCACGGAUUAAAUGUUCGAUUUAUCUAGUAACUAGUUUUACUCGUGGUAUUGGGCAAUUAACUUCAACUUUCCCAAUAAAAAUACAACGUACCACA